GCCUGCGCCGGCGCGACGGCGCUCGGGCCUCCGAGCAGGGCGGCCGUUGUGGUCGCGGUUCUCCGUCUUCCCCGUCCCGGUUUUCGCCCCUUCGGCCGCCAUGUCCAUCUUCACGCCCACCAACCAGAUCCGCCUGACCAACGUGGCGGUGGUGCGGGUCAAGCGCGGCGGGAAGCGCUUCGAAAUCGCCUGCUACAAGAACAAGGUCGUCGGCUGGCGCAGCGGCGUUGAAAAAGAUCUUGAUGAAGUUUUGCAGACACACUCGGUGUUUGUAAAUGUAUCUAAAGGUCAGGUGGCCAAGAAGGAAGAUCUCAUCAGUGCUUUUGGGACGGACGACCAGACUGAAAUCUGUAAACAGAUCUUAACUAAAGGAGAAGUACAAGUGUCGGAUAAGGAGAGGCACACCCAGCUGGAGCAGAUGUUCAGAGACAUUGCGACUAUUGUAGCAGAUAAAUGUGUGAAUCCUGAAACGAAAAGACCAUACACGGUCAUUCUCAUUGAAAGAGCAAUGAAAGACAUCCACUACUCUGUCAAAGCCAACAAGAGUACCAAACAGCAGGCCCUGGAGGUGAUCAAGCAGCUGAAGGAAAGCAUGAAGAUUGAACGAGCUCACAUGAGGGUGAAGUUGGUCCUGCCAUCAAGAGAGGGCAAGAAGCUCAAGGAAAAACUCAAGCCCUUGAUCAAGGUUAUCGAGAGCGAAGACUUCAGCAGCCAGCUAGAAAUCGUCUGUCUGAUCGACCCAGGUUGCUUCAGAGAGAUUGAUGAGCUCAUUCAGAGCGAGACCAAGGGGAAAGGAUCCCUGGAAGUUCUCAACCUGAAAGACGUGGAAGAGGGAGAUGAGACGUUUGAGUGAGGAGGAGAGGGGGCCCCCCGGGGUCUCCAGCUGGCCGUGAUGGUCUCCUUCCUCUCUGUUUUCACACCGUAAUCCAUUCACUUUUUCCGUGUUUUCCUGCCCAGUCUCUGCUCAUGUCACUUGAUUGGUAAUAAAGCUUUAGUUGUUGGAAUUAAGCUAUCGACUAGGGGUUAGGCGAGAAAGGCUCGUCCCACCGGCUACCGUGGAGCCAACACCGGCUGCUCCCUCAGGUCUGACCCGGUGAGCGGCUCUGAGGGGUCUGAGGGGCGUCCGCCUCCAUUCCCUCCAACCCCCCGCCCUUCUGUGGAGCCAUGGGCAUCGGGGAGGACCCCGGGUUAGCGUCACGUCCGCCCGACAGCCUUUGUGGGCACGGGAUGUGGGGGUGAUUUUUUUCCACGGGGACCUCCAAAAGGGGGUCAAGGUUUGCAGAAAGCAAGAGGUGAGGGCGAGCUCGGGGGUGGGGUGGGGCUUAAUCUCAGCCUCUCCACAGUGAAGCUGGGGUCCCAGGGGAGCCUGGGAACAGACAAUGAUGCUUUCUGGGUCAGCAGUAGAAGUGUUGCCUCCUGCUGCCAAAUUUAAACUAACAACGAUGCUCUAAAAAAAAAAAAAAAAUAGUCAUUUAUUGCCACUUUCGUUAAAUGUAUAAUAUGUUAAUACAAAUUAAGUUCUAUGGAAUAAAUAAAAGCACUAUUCUUUU